GUACUAUCGAUGUGGCCUGAGGAAGGAGCGGCUCCACGUCAGCCAUCGCCGGAGCGGGAGCGCCGCGGGCACAGCUCCGCACCGGGCCCGACUGGACCGCACCGGGCCACCGCUCCACCGGGUUGUCUGAUACUCCUGUCAAAAUACUUCUUCCUCUGAGAAAACUUGUGUAACCAAGAGCCAUGACUGCUGCAGAGAACGUGUGUUACACGUUAAUCAAUGUUCCGAUGGAUUCAGAACCACCUUCUGAAAUCAGCUUAAAAAAUGACCUAGAAAAAGGAGAUGUCAAGUUGAAGACAGAGGCCUUGAAGAAAGUAAUCAUUAUGAUUCUGAAUGGUGAAAAACUGCCUGGGCUUCUGAUGACCAUUAUACGUUUUGUCCUGCCUCUCCAAGAUCAUACCAUCAAAAAGCUGCUGCUUGUUUUUUGGGAGAUAGUGCCCAAGACCACCCCAGAUGGCAGACUCUUGCAAGAAAUGAUCCUUGUGUGUGAUGCAUACAGAAAGGAUCUUCAGCACCCGAAUGAAUUUAUUCGAGGCUCUACUCUCCGUUUUCUUUGUAAGCUGAAGGAAGCAGAAUUGUUGGAGCCUUUGAUGCCAGCCAUUCGUGCAUGUCUGGAGCACCGUCACAGCUACGUGCGCAGAAAUGCAGUUCUGGCCAUUUACACCAUUUAUAGAAAUUUUGAACAUCUCAUACCUGAUGCUCCUGAACUGAUCCAUGAUUUCUUGGUGAAUGAGAAAGAUGCAAGCUGCAAAAGAAAUGCAUUUAUGAUGCUAAUUCAUGCCGAUCAGGAUCGAGCUUUGGAUUAUUUGAGUACCUGUAUUGACCAGGUCCAGACAUUUGGUGACAUACUACAGUUGGUUAUUGUUGAAUUAAUUUAUAAGGUCUGUCAUGCAAAUCCAUCGGAGAGAGCUCGCUUUAUUCGCUGCAUCUACAACUUGCUGCAGUCAUCCAGUCCUGCAGUGAAGUAUGAAGCUGCAGGCACUCUAGUUACACUCUCCAGUGCACCAACAGCAAUCAAGGCAGCUGCCCAAUGCUACAUAGAUUUGAUUAUUAAGGAAAGUGAUAAUAAUGUGAAGCUGAUUGUUUUGGAUCGGUUAAUUGAAUUAAAGGAGCAUCCCUCCCAUGAACGAGUGUUACAGGAUCUAGUGAUGGACAUCCUGAGAGUGUUGAACACCCCAGACCUGGAAGUGCGCAAAAAAACCCUUCAGCUGUCUCUGGACCUUGUCUCAUCAAGAAACGUGGAGGAGCUUGUGGUUGUUCUGAAGAAGGAAGUGAUUAAAACUAAUAAUGUGACAGAGCAUGAAGAUACAGACAAGUAUCGACAGCUGCUUGUUCGUACCUUGCAUUCCUGUAGCGUUCGGUUUCCGGACAUGGCUGCAAACGUUAUCCCAGUGCUGAUGGAGUUCCUUAGUGAUAACAACGAAGCGGCAGCUGCUGAUGUCCUGGAGUUUGUGAGGGAAGCGAUCCAGCGAUUUGAUAACCUCAGACCUCUUAUUGUUGAGAAGAUGCUUGAAGUUUUUCACGCUAUUAAAUCUGUCAAGAUUUACCGAGGUGCUUUAUGGAUCCUUGGAGAAUAUUGCAGCACAAAGGAAGAUAUACAAAGUGUAAUGACAGAAGUUCGCAGAUCACUGGGAGAGGUCCCAAUAGUAGAAUCGGAAAUCAAGAAAGAAGCUGGUGAGCUGAAACCUGAAGAAGAGGUGUCCGUUUGUCCAACCCAAAAUUUGUUGACAGACAUGGGUAUUUAUGUCACACAAAGCCCUCUCAGUAGUUCCCAACCUUCCAAAAAGGAAGAUGACAGACCUCCCUUACGGGGAUUCCUGCUCGAUGGCGACUUCUUCGUUGCAGCUUCCCUUGCUACAACUCUGACUAAGAUCGCUUUGCGAUAUGUGUCACUUGUUCAGGAAAAGAAAAAACAAAAUUCCUUUAUUGCUGAGGCUAUGCUGCUGAUGGCCACUAUUCUCCAUUUGGGAAAGUCUUCUCUCCCUAAGAAGCCAAUUACAGAUGAUGAUGUGGAUCGUAUUUCCUUGUGCCUGAAAGUUUUGUCAGAAUGUUCUCCUCUUAUGAACGAUAUUUUCAACAAAGAAUGCAGGCAGUCCCUCUCUCAUAUGCUGUCAGCCAAGCUAGAAGAGGAGAAACUUUCCCAGAAGAAAGAAUCUGAGAAGAGGAAUGUGACAGUUCAGCCGGACGAUCCCAUUUCCUUCAUGCAGCUUACUGCUAAAAAUGAAAUGAACUCAAAAGAAGACCAGUUUCAGCUUAGCCUUCUCGCAGCAAUGGGCAACACGCAGAGGAAAGAGGCUGCUGAUCCUCUUGCAUCCAAACUUAAUAAGGUUACUCAGCUGACAGGUUUCUCAGACCCUGUCUAUGCAGAAGCAUAUGUCCAUGUCAAUCAGUAUGACAUUGUGCUGGAUGUGCUGGUGGUCAACCAGACCAGCGAUACUCUGCAGAACUGCACGCUAGAACUAGCCACACUAGGUGACUUGAAACUUGUGGAAAAACCAUCUCCUCUGACACUUGCUCCACAUGAUUUUGCAAACAUUAAAGCUAAUGUCAAAGUCGCUUCAACGGAGAAUGGAAUCAUUUUUGGUAAUAUUGUGUAUGAUGUCUCUGGAGCAGCCAGCGACAGAAACUGUGUGGUCCUCAGUGACAUUCACAUUGACAUCAUGGAUUACAUCCAGCCUGCUUCCUGCACGGAUGCGGAGUUCAGACAGAUGUGGGCAGAAUUUGAGUGGGAGAACAAAGUUACAGUGAAUACAAACAUCAUUGAUCUAAAUGAAUACUUACAGCACAUACUGAAGUCAACCAAUAUGAAAUGCCUGACUCCAGAGAAGGCACUUUCUGGUUAUUGUGGCUUUAUGGCAGCCAAUCUUUAUGCACGUUCCAUAUUUGGAGAAGAUGCCCUCGCAAACGUCAGCAUUGAGAAGCCAAUUCAUCUGGGACCAGAGGCGCCAGUCACCGGCCACAUACGGAUCCGCGCAAAGAGUCAGGGGAUGGCCCUGAGUCUUGGAGAUAAGAUCAAUCUCUCUCAGAAGAAAACAAAUGUAUAAAUUUUACCUAAUGUCUUUUCAAGUCUUUUACAAUUUAACCUUUAGGUAUGUGGCUUUUGGGAUCCAGAACAUCUUAUAUUCUCCAGUGUUCUGUAAUUGUAGAAGCCAAGCUUUUGAGCUGAAAGCAUUCCAGCAGAUAAUUUAUAGGUUCUCCAUGAUUGAUACUGAGUAAAACUUUAAAUCUCCAGGUUUUUUACUCUGUCCUGGAAGUCAUGUUUUCUUUGUCUCUAAUACACACUGAUGCUCACAGUACAAUAAACAAAUUAUGCCAGUACUGUUUUGUCUGUAAAUUAUAAUCUCUAUUGUUUGAUCAGUGUUAAGUCUGGGUAGGGGUGUUAUGGUGCUGUAAGAAAACAGGUGUGUAAUAGCUGAAGUGUUUGCAAUAAUGGCUAGGCUUGAAUUCUGUGAAUGUCUGAUCAUGGAUUAAAAUACUCUGGCAUGCCUGGGAGAAUGUAUAAUCCACCACUAAAUCAAAGGCUGUGUAUCCUAAAUGGUGAGUUUAGCAACACAAUCACUUGGCACAGACAAGCUUGUAAUAUCAGAAAAGAAAUGGUCAAAAUUCAGCUCCUACCAGUAAGUAGUAGAACCUUUAACUUUGCUUCUGAAAUGCUUUCCUGACAGUGUUUCUAUGAGUAAUGUAACAUUGCUGGUGGUGUUCUUGUUGUAAAUACAAAAAAGCAGCCAAGUGCCACAUUAGGCC